UAGUUGAUUUAAAUAAUGAUCAAGAAAACAAUGACACUUUCUUUUUUUGGGAUGAUUACCAUUGCACAACAUUAGUUCACGAUGCUUUGGCAAAUCUUUCCUUUGAAAUUUUAGAAAAUUUAAAUUCUCCAUUUUCAAUACGUAAAAGAAAUAGUUUUGCUACAAAAACUUUUGUAUUAACUUUGGGUGAUUAUAUGCAGUAG